AUGACCUGCUGGCUGUGCGUCCUGAGCCUGCAGCUCCUGCUUCUGCCCGCGGCCCCGCCCCCGGCCGGCGGCUGCCCGGCCCGCUGCGAGUGCACAGUGCAGACACGCGCCGUGGCCUGUCCCCGGCGCCGGCUGACCUCCGUGCCCGACGGCAUCCCGGCCGAGACGCGCCUUCUGGAGCUCAGCCGCAACCGCAUCCGCUGCCUGAACCCGGGCGACCUGGCCGCGCUGCCGCUGCUGGAGGAACUGGACCUGAGCGAGAACGUGAUCGCGCACGUGGAGCCGGGCGCCUUCGCCAACCUGCCGCGCCUGCGCGUCCUGCGCCUGCGCGGGAACCUGCUCAAGCUCAUCCCGCCCGGGGUCUUCACGCGCCUGGACAACCUCACGCUGCUGGACCUGAGCGAGAACAAGCUGGUCAUCCUCCUGGACUACACCUUCCAGGACCUGCACAGCCUCCGCCGGCUGGAGGUGGGCGACAACCACCUGGUGUUCAUCUCGCGCCGGGCCUUCGCGGGGCUGCUGGCCCUCGAGGAGCUGACCCUCGAGCGCUGCAACCUCACGGCGCUGUCGGGCGAGUCUCUGGGCCACCUGCGGGGCCUGGGCGCCCUGCGGCUGCGGCACCUGGCCAUCGCCGCCCUGGAGGACCAGAAUUUCCGGAGGCUUCCGGGCCUGCUGCACCUGGAGAUCGACGACUGGCCGCUGCUGGAGGAGGUGGCCGCCGGCAGCCUGCAGGGUCUCAACCUGACCUCGCUGUCCGUCACGCACACCAACAUCACCGCCGUGCCGGCAGCCGCGCUCCGCCACCAGGCCCACCUCACCUGCCUCAACCUGUCCCACAACCCCAUCAGCACGGUGCCGCGCGGCUCCUUCCGCGACCUGGUCCGCCUGCGCGAGCUGCACCUGGCCGGCGCCCUGCUGGCCGUGGUGGAGCCGCAGGCCUUCCUGGGGCUGCGGCAGAUCCGCCUGCUCAACCUCUCCAACAACCUGCUGUCCACGCUGGAGGAGAGCACCUUCCACUCGGUCAACACGCUGGAGACGCUGCGCGUGGACGGGAACCCCCUGGCCUGUGACUGUCGCCUGCUCUGGAUCGUGCAGCGCCGGAAGACCCUCAACUUCGACGGGCGGCUGCCGGCCUGCGCCACCCCGGCCGAGGUCCGCGGCGACGCGCUGCGCAACCUGCCCGACUCAGUGCUCUUCGAGUACUUCGUGUGCCGCAAGCCCAAAAUCCGCGAGCGGCGGCUGCAGCGCGUCACGGCCGCGGCGGGCGACGACGUGCGCUUCCAGUGCCGCGCCGAGGGCGAGCCGGCGCCCACCGUGGCCUGGGUGACGCCCCGGCACCGCGCGGUGACCGCCGCCAGCGCGGGGCGCGCGCGCGUGCUGCCCGGGGGCACGCUGGAGAUCCAGGGCGCGCGCCCGCAGGACAGCGGCACGUACACGUGCGUGGCCAGCAACGCGGGCGGCAACGACACCUACUUCGCCACGCUGACCGUGCAGCCCGAGCCGGCCGCCAACCGGACCCCGAGCGAGGGCCGCAACGAGACGCAGGCGGCCGCCCGCUUCCCGCUGGACCUCACCACCAUCCUGGUGUCCACCGCCAUGGGCUGCAUCACCUUCCUGGGCGUCGUCCUCUUCUGCUUCCUGCUGCUCUUCGUGUGGAGCCGCGGCCGCGGGCAGCACAAAAACAAUUUCUCGGUGGAGUACUCCUUCCGCAAGGUGGACGGGCCGGCCGCGGCCGCCGGGCAGGGCGGCGCCCGCAAGUUCACCAUGAAGAUGAUCUGA